AUGGCACAAAGUGGAGAAAAAAUAGUUUUAAAUAUUGGUGGAAUAAGGUACGAGACGAAACGUUCAACUCUAACAGCCUAUCCAGACACUUUCCUCGGUUCAAUGUUUCUUGAGCGUAAUGCAGCGCUACUUCAUCCAACAAAGGAAGGUGAAUACUUUAUCGAUCGAGACGGUACCGCCUUCAAAUACAUAAUGCAAUUCUACCGAGACGGCAAGAUCUCAUGGCGAGAUUUCUGCGAUCGCGAUCAUAACAUGCAUAUACCACAAAUCUCCCGCCGCGAACUCGAAAAAGAGUUAGAUUUUUACUGCAUCCCAAAAUCAGUGCUCAACGUCCCACCGAGCGUCGUAAUCUCUGAACAAGUCGAUGAAUUCAUCGCGAUACUUAAAGACGUGAUUUACGAUUUGAUCCGCCACAUGCGUAACGAAUGGACUUUGGAAUUUUUCAAAAAUGUGAAUGGGAGUUCGACGACGCAUAACAAUAUGAAGACACAUAGUUUGAGUACAGUGAGGAGACAUGCAGAGUUUUUUGAUUUGGCAGGGUACGAGAUCUUCGAUAUGUUCGGUGAAGAGAUUCGACGGCAUCUCGAGAAAGAGAUUCCAAAUUUGUGUUGUACUAUUACCAAAGAGGAUUUUAUGCAUCUACCGAAAUAUCGGUUCCACAUUACUAUUAAUAAUAAGCACAGUAGGGCGACUAUUCUUGCGGAGACAUGUCUUGCAGAAUAUUUUUGA